UCAUUCACAAAUAUUGUCGAUAAAAUAGAAAAUGUUAAUUAUCCACACAAGGGAUGCUCUAACGUUUGCGAUUGGUUACGUUACGUCACGUCGGUUAACUACGCUGCCCUCUGCCCCUACUCUGCUGAACUACUCAUCCGUGACAAAGGCAUAACUUUCAAAUGUUCUCAAGUUCUCAAAUUAAUUAUUACUACUGUACAUAUGUAUUUUUUUUCGAGAACAGUUUUAUGAUAGAAUGGAAAAUACUCAACGAAAUAUACUACCAAGCACUAGUAGAGCUACUAAGUCACCUUUGAUACCAGGAACGCGAGAACAACAGCAUUUUUGUUUAGGUAUCAAUUCUUCAUCAGUGGAAGGACUUAUUGAAAACUUAUCUGAAUUAUUACAUAAAACCUGGACCGUUUAUGGCGUAUCUACAUUAUUUAAUUUCCAUGAAGAUGAAGUUCACUUAAAACAGUAUUCUAAACGAUUAAGAGAGAAAGUUGCAACAACUUUGACACAAGAGAACGUUGCUUAUAAAGUCAAAAUGUUUGUUAUGGACCAUGUAACAACUAGACCUUCUCCAAUGGAUCCAUUACCAAUCAAGAUUGAAGUAUAUGGAAAAAAUUUGGAUCAUAAAGAUAGUACAGAAAAAUGUAUUUAUACAGGGAUAUUAUUGUCUUGGAAUACUAGUAUGAGUGAGUUAACUACUCCUAAUUCUAUAAGAUUACCACUUUUACUAUGUCGAGGUACAAAAAGCAGUAUGGUUGUUAUACAUGCUUUAUUAAGUCAUAUGUUCGAUUGCAUGAUUAUUGAGCUUUCUGCUCAGGAGGAGGAUUUAAUAUGGCUAAUUCCAAUAAUAAUUACACCAACUAAUAAAAAGCAUUCAGAACAUGUAGGUGAAAUUCGUAUGGAAUACAGAAUUCCAGGAUUGCCUGAUAAAAAUAAUGUAACAGUAAAGGUUAAAGUUUCAGCUUUAAUCAAAAUAUUAAAAGUAGUUAUGAAAGAUCAAAUUNAUCAAAUUGAUACAUCAAACACUGAAAUUUCCUUUAAUUUGGAACACAUCGAAAGAUUUCGUACUCUUUUGUAUAAUCAAGUGUUACGAAUUGCUUCCAUACAACUAGGAUUAUCUAUACUAUGUAAAAUUGUUUUACCC